AUGGAAGAAGGUGAGGUCAUACGAAAUGAAGAUGAACCUAACGAGUCUAAAUCCGAUGGUUUAGUUGAUGUUAAAGACACAGAAACUGAAGAUGAGCAAGACGAUCGUUCGUUUACUUUGAAAUCUGAAGAAAUUGAUGAUUUCUUUGAAACAGAGGUUGAAGCCGACUCUAACAAAGGAAGAACAUGCAUAAUAUGUGGACAAUUCGUCUCUCACUUUCAGAAUUACGCUAGACAUGUUAGGAACAACCAUAGAGGAGGUAAGUUAACAAAUAUUUGCUAUUAUAUGUCUUCGGUUCUUAGAGAAGCAUAAAUGUGUCUACUGCAACAAAAAGUUCUUUAUUCACAACCAACUGAGAAGUCAUAUCGCCAAUGAACAUCCACAGACGUAUCUUUGUGAUAUUCCGAAUUGCACCUACAAGAGCGACGCUUUAAGGAACGUAACUCAACAUAAAAAGAGAGCUCAUUCUGGUAAUACAGUAAUGUGCACGGUAGAAGGCUGUCUGUUCUCGUCUAAAUACAGAUGUCUUCAGAAGCACAUGAUAGAGUUUCAUUCUUCCAGAGAGUCUUCUGUGGUAAGUUCUUUUAUUUUAUGUUGGAACUUCUUUUUAGUUUGAUUUAUGGUAUUUUUCACAAAAUAUUAUUAUUAUUCGUUUUAAAAUUAAUAUAGUAAAAGGGGCCAUAAAUAUCUUUUUAUAGAAUCCGGACGGAACGGUGGUGAGAAAUAGCCUUAAUGUAGUCUGUACCUAUUGUCAAAAGCCUUUCCUUACUGCCAGUUUGUUAAAAAGACACAUUGGAAGGGUUCAUGAGAACAGGUACAAAGAGAAUAUACGAGACAAGAUUUACAAAUGUACGAAGGAAGGUUGUGACAAGAGUUACAAGACACCUGGGGCUUUGAACGAUCAUUCGAAUACUCAUUCUGGUAAGUUUAAGUUUGUUGUUGUUGAAUUGAUCAUGUUUUCAUUGAAAAACGACCGUGUAGUUUUAAGAAAUUAUUUUGAGUUCCAGUUAAAAAAGAAUUUAUUUUAGGUGAGAAGCCUUUUGAAUGUCAACGUUGUGAUAAGUCCUUUUACGGCAGAGCUCUGCUUGCGGUUCAUCUUAGGCGUUAUCACAUGAUUAGUAUAAAAGAUAUCACACGUGCCAAUACUUUAUUACUUCCCAAAGAGGAUCCGUUGUCAAACACUCAGGAGCAGAACCAAUCGGUACCUACUGCAACCGAUGACUUGUUAUUGUGUCCUAAACUGGAGAACACUGAUGCUUGUUAG